AUGGGCAGACUGCCCGCACAAUUACAAGCCAUCCUCGCAGCACGCAUAGACGACCAAUUAGAUGAUAACACAGCGUUUCGUGUGGCCAAACAUCAAAGCAGACUGUCAAAAAUGGACACAGGCAUGCAUACCAUGCCAGAAAGCCAAAAUACACAGGCAUACAAGUACACCAAUAGGAAGUUUCCUCGGGCCAAUCAAAAGAUUUCCACAUGGCAUAUCCACAUGGAUGUAGUGGGACCGUUACCGAUGUUACAAGGAAAAAGAUACUGUCUAACUAUAAUAGAUCGAUUUACACGCUGGCCAAAAGCCAUACCCAUAGCAACAAUCACAGCAGAAACUGUAGCUAAACAACUCUUUACCCAUUGGAUUGCACGCUACGGGACACCAGCAAGAAUAACAACGGACCAGGGGCGCCAAUUCGAAUCCGAUCUAUUCAAACAAUUAACAAAACUCACAGGAUCACAGCAUAUGCGCACAACAGUUUAUCACCUAGCAGCCAAUGGGAUGAUAGAAAGACUACACAGGCAACUAAAAGCCGCAAUCAAAGCACACGAAACCGAAGCUUGGACCAAACUGCUAUCUGUAAUCCUCUUAGGAAUCCGAGCAGCCAUAAAAGAAGACUUAGGAGCCACCCCGGCUAAACUAGUCUAUGGGGAAACAAUAAGACUUCCAGGCCAACUAUUAGAGCAACAAAAGAGAAAAGAAGAGCCAACAAACGAAUUUGUGAGAAACCUGCAACAAACCAUGAUCAGGCUCAAGCCUCAGAUCCGCCGUCAUGGAAAUCGAGCAACAUUCGUACACAAAGAUCUGGCAGCAGCAGAAAGAGUAUUCAUAAGACACGAUGCCCCAACAAAAGCACUCCAGCCACCAUACGACGGUCCAUACAAAGUCCUGGAAAGAAGCGAUAAAAUGUUCAAAGUCCAAAUCAACGGGAAACCUGCAAACAUCUCCAUAGACCGAUUAAAACCAGCAUGCAUAAUGGAAGAGCCUACAGAAGAGCAAGAAAGCUCAAAAACAUCAGAUAAACAAGAACCCCAGAAAACCAGAAGCGGGCGACCAAUCAAACCAACCGGGAAGAUUCCGGACUUAAAGACAGCCAAGGGGGUCCUGUGA